AUGUCGGACGACGAGGAUUUGGUUUAUGUCAAGAAACAGAAGACUGUUCAUUAUGGAUCUUUGGAGGAAGCAGAGCGUGCGAGGUUGGCCGCUGUGGCGGAAUCUUCCGAAGAAGAAAAAGAUGCCGCUAAUUUGGGAGAUAGUAUCAAUACCGUUGUCACUUUGGCAAAUGUGCAUAUAUCUAAUGAAUAUAUGGAAUUGGAAGAUGAGAUGUCCAAAGACAGACAAGCUCUUUUAGAAGAAUUUGAACGUAGAAAGAAAGCUCGUCAAAUUAACGUGUCCACGGAUGACUCAGAGGUAAAGAAGAAUUUGAGGCAACUAGGCGAACCUAUUUGCCUAUUUGGUGAAGGACCUGCAGACAGAAGAACAAGAUUAAGAGAAUUAUUGGCUAAUCUGGGAGAGGAUGCAAUUAAGAAAAAGCAUGAAGAAGAGGACAAACCAUCUCAUCCUAUUGAAAGAGAUACAGAAACAACAUGGUAUCACGAAGGGCCAGAAUCUCUUCAAAUAGCUCGCUCUUGGAUAGCUUCAUAUUCAUUGCCCAGAGCAAAGGGUAGAUUGGAUAAAGCAAGGCACGAUCUGGAAUUGCCAACUGCCACACGUACUGCACGCCGUCAGGAACUUCUGAAGAAACUACAAGCAUUGACAAUUUAUUGCUCCCAAAUUGGAGACACUAGGCCAAUUUCUUUCUGCCAAUUCAGUCCAAACUCCAAACUGUUUGCUACAGCUUCAUGGUCAGGCUUGUGCAAAUUAUGGUCUGUACCUGACUGUACUCUGUUAAGAACACUUAAAGGGCAUACUUGUAAUGUUGGCUGCAUUGUUUUUCAUCCAAAAGCUACUAUUACUGAACAGGUGGUAGGGGAUACAGCUGGGCAGAGCUGUGUACUGGCAUCCUGUGCUGCUGAUGGAUCUGUAAAAUUAUGGAGUGGUGGAUCAGGUGAGGAACCCUUGGCUGAAGUAGAAGGUCACGAGCCACACAGAGUUGCAAGGUUAGCAUUUCACCCUUCUGGUAGAUUUCUUGGUACAUGUUGUUAUGAUGCAUCUUGGAGACUUUGGGACUUGGAGCAGCAAGCAGAAGUUCUACACCAGGAAGGUCACGCUAGAGCUGUGCACUGUAUCAGUUUUCAGUGUGACGGUAGUGUAAGCGCCACAGGUGGUCACGACUCGUUCGGUAGGGUAUGGGAUCUUCGCACAGGACGGUGUAUAAUGUUUAUGGAGGGCCAUUUGAAAUCUAUUUUCGGUAUAGACUUUUCCCCGAAUGGGUUCCACAUAGCGACAGCGAGCGAGGAUAAUACUUGUAAGAUAUGGGACUUACGAAAGAGGUCUUGCGUAUACACGAUACCUGCGCAUACCAACUUAUUAUCGGAUGUGAAAUACCAAAGGAUAGAGGGACAAUACCUGGUCACAGCGUCAUACGACAAUACUGCGAAAAUAUGGUCGAACAAAACUUGGCAACCGCUUAAAACAUUACCAGGACACGACGGUAAAGUGAUGUCCGUGGAUAUUUCGCCGGAUCACAAAUUUAUCGGGACCACUUCCUACGAUCGGACGUUUAAAUUGUGGGCCCCGGAGAAUAUGUAAAAAGACUCGAUUAAAUAAAUUGUUAUUUAAAGUGAACCGCACUUUAAGGGAGAGCCUACC